GAAACCGAAAAGAAGAAAUUGAUGGUAGCAGCAAUAGAUUUCGGAACAACCUUUUCCGGAUGGGCAUAUUCCUUUGAUUUUAAUCCGUCAAAAAUAUCCUGCAAGCAGUGGUGCAGUGGAAACAGUAUUUCUAUGAAAGCACCAACAACAGUUUUAAUCCAAGCUGAUGGAAACACAUUGGAAGCGUUUGGUUACGAAGCUGAGGAAAGGUACGCGGAGUUAGCAGACGAAGAGAAACAUAGACCAUACUUUUACUUUCAACGCUUCAAGAUGAUGCUGUUUGACAACAAGCACCUGACAAGAAAUGGGGAUUUAGCAGAUGACAGUGGAAAACGUUUACCUGCAAAACGUGUAUUUACUAUGGUAAUUAAGUAUCUUAAAGACGAUUUAAUGGAAGACUCGAGAAAACGACUUACUGGCAUCGUAAAAGAGGAAGAAAUACAGUGGGUGUUGACUGUGCCUGCAAUAUGGACCCCGCCAGCUAAACAGUUUAUGAGAGAAUGUGCUGUAGAAGCAGGUAUACGGUCACAAAAUCUGUUGAUAGCUUUAGAACCAGAGGCAGCAUCUCUGUAUUGUAAAUACCGCAUGAUAGAGAAACAAGAUAAAGAGAAUCGCCGAGAGUCUGAAGUUGUUUUUUCCUUUAAACCUGGGGAAAAAUAUAUGGUUGUCGACGCCGGAGGAGGAACUGUCGAUAUAAUCGUCCAUGAAGUAUGUAUCGAUGGAACUUUAAAGGAAAUAUAUAAAGCUAAUGGUGGAAACUGGGGUGGUACAAAGGUUGAUAAGGCUUUUCAAGAUUUUAUUACCGGGAUUUUUGGAAAAGAUGUCAUGAAGAGAUUCCAAGAUGAACACAAAGGCGAUUUUCUCGACCUUCAAAGAGAGUUUGAACUGAAAAAAAGGUUUAUCAAGCCGGAUCUUGAAUCAAAGAUUAAAUUUAAGAUUCCUGUAUCGCUGUUUGAUAUUUACAAGAAUAUGAACCAGGAAAGUAUUAUGAAAAACAUCGAAAACGAUGAAAAACUAAGUGGAAAGCUAACCUUUCUGACCGAUAAAGCUUUGUUCGAUUGUAGUUUGUUUAAAAAUCUUUUCACCACCACAAAUAAUAGUAUCAUUCAACAUUUAAAAUGUAUUCUGGAAGUGGAACUAACAGCAAAUACGAACGCGAUUUUAAUGGUCGGCGGUUUUUCAGAGUCUCCAAUGUUGUUUGAAGCAGUAAGGUCUUCAUUUAAGGAUCGGAAUAUUAUUCUUCCUGAAGAUGCUGGACUUUCAGUUCUGAGGGGGGCAGUUAUCUUUGGACACCAUAGAAAAGAUAUUAGAGACAGAAUAAGUCAGUACACAUAUGGAUUUAAAAUGUAUAGUACUUACAAUUCAAUAAUACAUCCAAUGGAUAGAGAGAUAAUAACAAUUUCAAAUGGUCAAAAACUAGUGCUAGGUUGUUUUGCAAAGUUGAUUGAGGUAGGCGAAAUUCUAUCAGCUGACAAAAUUUCGAGAAAUAAAGAUGUUAAACCUCGUAAUGACGAAACACAAUUUACCCUCAGAUUAUAUGCAUCAAAACGGUUAAACCCUAUAUUUGUUGAUGAACCUGACUGUUUUAAAAUAGAAGAAAUAAAUAUUGAUUCUGGAAAGAAAAUUGGAAAGAUUGAGCGGGUAGUGAUGGUACAGAUUAUGUGUUGUGGCACAGAGUUCGAAGUCCAGGCAAUUCAUAAAGACACGGGUAAACAGACAAAAUCAACUUUUACUUUCCUUGAUUAAAAUUAACGUCUGCACAAUUAUUGCUGCACUUUUUAUGUAAGUGUAUAUGAUUGGAAACAAAAUAUUAAGAAUAAGUGAAAAUGUUCAAUAAGAUGUGACCUAUAUGACAUUGUUUAAUUGAAAAUUUAUGAUACUUUACUUACCUUAAUUAGGCAAAUGUGUGGGCUAGAUUUAAAUGCAUGUACCAUCACACAAACGUUUUGUGCACGCAAGAUCGUAAAAUCCAUAUUAAGUUCAUUGAUACGAUGAAUGGCAUACUUGCAUAAACUGCAUGUAUAGACAUCAAUGUAAUUUAUUUUAAAACUACAAAUUAAGACUAAAUUUGAUUGAUUUUAAAAUUACUCUUUAAAAAUCUGGAAACAAAGUGAUCCCUCGGAAGCAUUAAUCACAACAAAAUUACAUGAACAUUGCAGACUCGGUUUGAUUAAGUUUGUACAUGGGGGGUAAUGAAUAAGUGCAACAUCCCUCACGCCCCCUAGCACCGGCUUGACCGGUACUCAAUUCUCAACACAAUGAUCCCGACUAAAUUUUAGGACUAAAUUUUUUAUCAAUGUAACAAAAAAUAGUAUCAUCGAAAGGAAAUUUGAUUGAAAACAUCGAUUUUACAUGCACCAGAUUACUAAAUUAUUUUAUAAAAAUCACUGUAGAUUUUUGCCUCAUAAAAUGGCACAUUCGCUCCAUCCCAACAUUACAGAAAAAUUGUACUUCAUUUUUAUACAAUUUCAAUAAACCAGAACAUCUCUUACGUUGCCUAGCACCGGUUUAAGCAAUAUUUAACCGUCAGGUAUUCAAUAAACUCCUAAAGGAUCAGAAAAAAAACCUAUAAUAUAAAGUAUCAUUAAGUCAUUUGUCUCUUCUUCUGUAUUGUUCUUUUUUAAACUUUUUUGUCAUGAAAAAGAAACAGGUGUCAUUGCUACCAUUCAUAAAUAAUACUCAACGUAUUUUGUGACAGCCAAAUGAGCUUUAUAAUUAUAGAUUGUACGCUUAUGACUUUAAAAUAAAAAGAUGUUCUUGCUUGUAUGUUUAUUUCAAUGUGCAACAAGGUUUCUAUUCUCCGUUACUUUGGUGAUGGUAAAAUAAACUUACAACUACAAUUUUUUUUUCUCAAAUAAAGCAAUAUAUUACACACAUAGAACUUAAAAGUUACAAACAAGUGCCGUGUACGAGCAAUCUGAUUAAAAUCAGCUCCAAAUACCGCCGAAAGACAUUUUGCAGAAGAUAGAAAUGGAAUCAGAGCGCAGCAGAUAGUGACUUUUGUAUCAGCAUCAUUAGGAUAUGAUAUGCUAAAACCGUUGCGAACGUUUUGCAGCAAACAUGAAUAUCGAAAGUAGUAAAUUUCAUAACGAAAUGUGCACGAAUCUUCAGAGUAGUUUUCUAUAUUAAUUCAUACAGUUAUAUAAAGAAAUUGAAAUGA